CCCAAAUCGCAGGCAGAGCGAGAGGAACUCAAAUCCAGAGCCCCCUCUCCAACCCUCCCCACCCCUCGCGGAUCCACACUCCUCCCUUGCGGCGGCGGCGAGAGCGGGAACCCAAAACUCGAAACAGCCCCGAGCGGCGAGCAUGGCCAGCGGCGGCGACCACGAGGCGGCGGCGGCGGGCGAGCAGACGCCGCUCAAGAAGGCGGGCGAGGGGGAGCAGGGCGAGGAGCUCCUGGCCCCCUCCGGCUGGACCAAGAAGCUUAAUACCACUCGGGGUGGGAAGUUCGAGGUUGUAUUUAUUACACCAACUGGUGAGCAGGUCAAGAGCAAGAAAGCUCUAACCACAUACCUAAAAGCACACCCUGGAGGCCCUGCGCUUUCAGAGUUCGUCUGGGCAACUGGCAAUACUCCCAGACGGUCCUCGCGUCUAAGUGCAAAGCCUAAGGCUGAGAGCCCGGAAGACCCGAAACCCUCACGCCGAAGUGGAAAGUCUAAGGCUACUGAGAGCCCGGAAGAUGAGAAGCCUGCCAAACGGGGAAAGUCAUCAAGCUCUAACAAAGGCAAAAGGGGAAAACAGGAGGAUGCAGAGGACGCAGAAGCUGAAAGUGGAGAUCAUGCUGAUGCUGAAGAAGCCAAAGGCACUGAAGUGGAGAUGGAAGAUGCUGAAGAAGCCAAAGUCACUGACCUGGACCUGGAGAUGAAAGAAGCUGAGAACGCUCAGGAAGAGAAGAAAGAGGAAGAGGCUGGCAGUUCGGUUGGAGAGAAGAAAGAGGCUGACACUGUUGGUCAGGAAGAGAAGAAAGAGGCUGACACUGUUGCUCAGGAAGAGAAUAAAGAGGCCGGCACUGUUGUUCAGGAAGAGAAGAAAGAGGCCGGCACUGUUGUUCAAGAAGAGAAGAAAGAGGCCGACACUGUUGUUCAAGAAGAGAAGAAAGAGGCCGACACUGUUGUUCAAGAAGACAAGAAAGAGGCUGACACUGUUGCUCAAGAAGAGAAGAAAGAUGCCCCUAUUGCUGAUGCCCCAGAGAAAACUGAUGAAGAUGAGGGCAAGGCGGCUGAAUCUGAUGUAGCUCCCGAGGAGGUUGAGAUGCCUGACCCUGUAUCAGAGAACAAGGAAAACGAGAAGCCAGCUGAAUUUGAAGAAGUCCCCGUGGAGUUUGAGAUGUCUGACCUUGUAUCAGAGAACAAGGAAAACGAGAAGCCAGCUGAAUCCGAAGAAGUCCCUGUGGAGUUUGAGAUGUCUGACCCUGUAUUAGAGCAUGUGGAAGAUGAAAAGCCAGCUGAAUAUGAAGUAGCUGCUGUGGAGGGCGAGAAAAGUGAAAACGGCCUGGCAGUCGAAUCCAUAGUGCCACCUCCAGCAUCUUCAGAGGAGAAGAAAGAAGAGGCAGAUAGCACCAUCAAUCCAGCGACCCCUCCUCCAGCGGAGGUGAAGUCAGAUGCUCCAGCGGCAGAGGCAACAAAAGCCACCGAGAAUCCAGCAGACAACGCUGCUCACAAGGAUGACCAGGGUAACGCCGAAGAACAAUCCACCGCGAACGCCGACAACAACGGACAGAUCCAUCCGGGUGCUUCCACCGUGAAAUGCACCUGAGGGUAGGUUGCCUGGACGACAGGCGAGGCGAGGCGAAACGGGGAACAAACUUGGUCUCUGUGUGCUUAGGAUGGGAUCCCGCAUUUGCUUUGAGGACUGUAAGCGUGUUUAACCCGACAGCGCCCGUAAUUGUAGGCUUCUCUUCUCCGCAUACUUCACAGCUUGUUGUCUUACGAGGUGCUGCAGGGCGGCAGGCUGGCUUAUGUCGCCUUGGUCAUUAUUAUCAUUUGUAACUUGUUAGAGUGCACAUUAAUCUCAGGAGGACACAGACAUAAUACUUAUGCUACUGUUGUUGUAACCUGACCUUUAUGUCCUUUGCAUUGUGUUGUUAUUCAGAAAUAAGCCAUUUUGGCUUGAA